AUGGCAUAUAAAAAGUUAUCGGUUGAGUUGCCCAUGCCGGAAAAGGCUCAGACAUCUCAGGGAAUUCGACCAAAAUUUAAAUCCGACCAUGUAUUGUUCGCUUUAAUCUUUAUUUUAACGGCUAUUACAAUGGUUGUUGUAUUUCAACAACAUCUGAGAGAAAUUCUGCGUUUAGAAACUCUAGAUAGCUAUACUGGCGACUAUGAACCUUGCCAUCUUCAAUUGGUCGAAAGUAUUCCUGAACAUUUAAAUUUUUCAUCUAACAGUCCUAAGUUCAUGUCCACCUACAACUCAUGGAAGUUGCUUUUGAAUUCAACCGAGUCCGUUCUAAAUAUCGGAUCAUUUUAUUGGACUCUGCUCGGUUCAGAUGUCAUUAAUGAUCCUUCUGCUGGUCCAGGGGAAGAUAUAUUUAAUCGUCUAACGGAUUUGGGAACUGAGGGAAAAAUUAAAAUCCGUAUUGCACAAAGUGUUCCCUCGGAUAUGGAACCCGAUUAUGACACUCAAAUCUUGCAACAAAAUGGAGCUGCGGAAGUACGCUCUUUAAAUUUCACUCGCCUGCUGGGAGGUGGUGUAUUGCAUACUAAAUUUUGGAUAUCUGAUCACAAGCACGUUUAUCUGGGAAGUGCAAACAUGGACUGGAGGUCUCUAACACAGGUUAAAGAAAUGGGUGUAUUGGCGCUAAAUUGUCCAACACUGGCCAACGACCUGGAGAAAAUAUUUGAAGAAUAUUGGAUGCUCAGUACCAACACCUCUACCAUACCAGAACAAUGGCCUUCGGAAUAUGCAACUGAAUUUAAUUUUCGACAUCCAAUGCAUUUCUUGAUCAAUGAUAAAUACAAACAACUGGCGUUACUCUCCAGUUCUCCACCAGCACUUACAGCCAGUGGAAGAGUGGACGAUAUUUCUGCGAUAUUGCAGGUUAUAUCUUCUGCCAAGGAAUUUGUUAAUAUUGCAGUUAUGGACUAUAUUCCUAUGAUGAUAUACUCUAAGGAUAAAACCUAUUGGCCCAUUAUAGAUGAUGCACUGCGUUCCGCUGCCAUAGAUCGUAAAAUUAAAAUUAAACUACUCAUAUCUUGGUGGAAACACUCUAAUCCAUCGGAGGACUAUUUCCUGAGAUCUUUGCAAGAUCUAUCAAAAUCAUUGCCAAAGGUUGACAUACAAAUUAAGCGUUUCAUUGUGCCAUCUGACGACAACGAACCAAAAAUUCCAUUUGGGCGAGUGAAUCAUAACAAGUACAUGGUCACUGAUAAUGUGGCAUACAUUGGAACGUCGAAUUGGUCGGGUGAUUAUUUCACAAAUACAGCUGGGAUUGGUCUGGUCUUACAGGAUGAUACAUCUGAGGUGAAGAACACAUCAACAAUUCGUAAAGAUCUAUUGAGUGUAUUUGAAAGAGACUGGAAUAGCAAAUAUGCUUUCAAUUUUAAAAUCUAA